GUGUUUGAAGGGCUCUAAACGUGCACUGAGCUGAUCAUGUUGGUACUGUUCACUCUUAGCUGCAGAUCGUCGCACAAAGAAACAGGACGAGGCUGAAACGACAGAAGACGCUGCUCCCACGUAAAAAGGUCAAAAUGUUUAGAUUCUUUUUGCAAAGGGAGGCGCUAAGCUUUCCUUUACGUCUGAUUGGACAAACUUGACAGUGAUUGACGUGCAUCCAUGGCAACCGCGCAUCCAAUCUGCCAAGUCCAAUAGGAGCUCUUUGGAGGCUGACUGUCUUUUUCUCUCCUUUAAAAAAAUAUCCCGCUUGCUUUGGCUUUAAUCAGCCUCUAAUCCGUGCCCACCGACACCUCACUCCGUCCGCCCGUUGCCUGCCGAGGACUGCUGCCCAAGGAUGCGGUAAAGUCAUCCUUCGUCACGGCACCGUGCUCUGUCUCUCGCCGCCGACUUAGUGAUCGCCUUGUGUGUGGCGCUGCCGCGCGGAGCUUCAGCACGGCGGAGCUGCAGAGGAAUGUUCCAGCUGCCCAUGUUGAACUUCAGCCCCCAGCAGGUGGCCGGGGUGUGCGAGACCCUGGAGGAGAGCGGGGACGUGGAGCGCCUUGGUCGCUUCCUCUGGUCUCUGCCCGUAGCUCCCGCGGCCUGCGAAGUUCUCAACAAAAACGAGUCCGUCUUGCGUGCGCGCGCCGUUGUCGCCUUCCACACCGGCAACUUCCGCGAGCUCUAUCACAUCCUGGAGAACCACAAGUUCACCAAAGAGUCUCACAGCAAGCUACAGGCGCUGUGGUUGGAGGCGCACUACCAAGAGGCCGAGAAGCUGCGGGGCCGCCCGCUGGGGCCCGUGGACAAGUACCGCGUGCGCAAGAAGUUUCCCCUACCACGCACAAUCUGGGAUGGAGAGCAGAAAACUCACUGCUUCAAGGAGCGCACGCGACACCUUCUCCGAGAAUGGUACCUCCAGGACCCUUAUCCCAACCCGAGCAAAAAGAGAGAACUGGCCCAGGCCACUGGACUUACACCCACGCAAGUGGGCAACUGGUUCAAGAACAGGCGACAGAGAGACCGAGCCGCGGCCGCCAAAAACAGGCUGCAGCAGCAGGUCCUGUCAGGCGGCUCAGUCCGCUCUCUGGCGGAUGACGACGGCACCGUGGAUCGACUGGGUCCUGCCUCCAGCCCGGAGGCCAGUCUGUCCAGUAAAGCAGCGGCCUCCGCCAUCUCUAUCACCUCCAGCGACAGCGAAUGUGACAUUUGAGCAACCGGCCCAGAACCCGGGUUUUGCGGGAGACUAGUGCCUCAUACUAACGGGACCGAGCCAACCGGAAUAGACUGCCUGUUUUGACUGCACACGUGGAACCGAACCAGACUGGGCUGGAGCCCUCUCGGACCACGAGCCACAGACAGUCAAUGUAAAAAGGGAAAGGGGGCACGUGCGCCUCACCAGUGUCUCGUGCGUAUUUCAUGUUGAAAAAGAACAUAUUUUUACUUUCUUUUAAAGUUUUAUAAAUAACGUUUAUUUGUCUAUUUAAAUGAUGAUCUGCUCUGUCAUGGACUUGAUCUUUGCUUGGUGUUUUUUAAUACUAGCCAACCUUGUACAGGUGACCUGUGGAGCAUGCGCGCUUUAGUCAAAUGUGUUUGAGUCU